GUCUAUGGCAAUUAUAUAUAUUACAUAAUAAAACUAACUAAUCCAUACCAAAAGUAAUUGAAAACAAAAAUUAAAAAACAAUUGAGGGCGAUUUGAUAAUGAUAUAUGGUAACAUGGGAAAAAUAUGUGGGUAAGACACAAAUAGAAAUCUCGUAUUUAAUGCAGUGGAAACGAAUCAUGAAAUCUAUGACAGCUGCGACAAGGUGCGAGAAAGAGAGAAAAAGAGAAUAAGAAUGGUAAUGGCAGGCAGUAUCACCAGGAGCGUCAGACAUGAUAUCAUCUGACCGAUGACUCAACUCGAGUUCAGCAAAAGCAUCAGUAUGUUCGAAGCAGUGAAAGACAAUCAUUGCAAUGAGUAUAGACCAUGGAAUUACGAUUUACUUGGUGGAGAUUCUGUAAAUAAGAUACUAGAUGAUGAUGAACAGGAUUUAAGGAAUUCUAUGGUAGAUGAUCUUGUUGCUAAAAUUUUAGAUGAUGACUGUAUUACUGGUAAUGAUAUAUUUACCAAUCAUUAUAAUGAUACUGUGCAACAGCAUGAAGUUGGGGCUCCAAUUUCAUUAGAUUGUAAGACUAGAUUAGGUAAAAAUGCAUAUCUCACAAAUACUAAUGAUGUUCAUAUGACUUAUCCCGAAGUACAAGUAGAAAAUAAUGCAUUAAAUAUAAAUGGAAAUGACCAAGAAUAUAAAAAUAUCUCUACUGGAUUAAAUUCACUGAAUUUUAACCUUUGUUUGGAAGAACAAAACUAUGAUAAGACUACUUUAUAUACUAAUGGACACAUCAAUAAUGUAGAGAGAACCAUACAUAUAUCUGAUAAUAGUGUUCAAAAAUCAGGACAACAAUAUCAUGCUCAGGUUAUAAAUAAUGAAUCCUUUAGUUCCAUGCAGAACUCAUAUACUCCUUUAUCUAAUAACGGUUUAAUUACAACAACCAGUAACUUAAAUUAUAAUCCCCAUUCUGCCAAUUGGUCUGAUACCUUGUUUAAUGACGAAUGUGUUAAGGGUUUGUUUGGACACUAUUCACAAUUACAGUCUUGUAACAAUAUUGAUUAUGAUUUAAAUGUUGCACUGAAUUUAUCACUUAAUUCAGAAGAUAACACUUUUAAUGAAAUGCAACUUUGUUGCAAAAUACCUCAAAAUUCUCAUAAUGAUAUAUUGAACAUUCAUGAUUCCUGUAACGUGCCUGCUAAUAGUCUAGGAUACUCUUCUAGCUCAAUUGUAACUGAUUUAACUGCUGAUUCUGGUUUUGUAUCAAACGCAUCAUCGCAGCAUUUUUCUCCUAUCAAUUACUAUUCCAAUAACCUUCAACAAAGCACAUGUGAAGAGUACAAAAAUUAUCAUGAGAUGUCCAAUUUAAUUGUUAACAACAUUGCUAUAUCUAGUGAGCAGUUGUAUCUAAAACAACAAAAUUCUCGUACCUGUAAAUUAGAUGAUACAGUGUCAUUGGCGACUGAACAUUUGGACAAGGGUGUUGUUAAUCCUUUAAAUCUCACUGAAUCACAGCAAUUUGUUUUAAAUAAUGAUAGUCACAGAAACAGUGCAAUAUCACACGACCAAAGACUGAAUACUCUUAUAAAGAUGCUCAGUUCUAAGGGUAAUAAUGAUGUUAAUAGCAAAUUGCAUGAACAGCAGGUAUUUUCACCUGUUGGUUAUUCUCAUAAUUUAGCUACAGCUGCUGUUGCAACUCAAGAAUAUAAGCAAUUGCAACAGCUCAAAUUCAAUUGUCAGACAGCUAAUGACUGUCAGCACUUGAUGAUUAACGAUGCUGAUGCCUUGAAAUUCAUGCAACAACAUAACUCUCAAAUUAAUCAUAAAAGGUCCAGUAAUAUUUUAAAUACUUAUAAAAUGACAACUGGAUACGAUUUAUCAAACAGCAUGAAUUUUUCAUCUAGUAAUUUUAUGUCACAGCAACAUCUUGUUACUAAUAAUAAUAAUAGCAUUGAUAAUGAGUUUUUCAAUCAUCUAUUAAAACAACGCCAACAACAGCAGCAUAUAAAAAAUGUGCCUACAAUAUCUUCAAACACUGACAUAUUUUUUAAUGCUGGUUUAAUACAAAGCACGAACACAAAUGUAUUUUCGAAUCAUGCAGUGAUGCCUUUACCAGUAACUGUACCAUCGUCUAUAUCUAUAUUCGAGAGUGGUUUAGGAUACAGAAAUAGCAAUUCAACAAGAAGAUCAGGCCCAUCCAGGAUAUUAUAUUCAAGAUUAGAACAAACUUAUGAGCAAUUCAAACAAUUGGAGAAAGAGCGUAAGAAGUGUGAGGCUGGCCUCGCUGCGCAUUUUCCUGGAAAAAAAGUAACAAGUGCUAACAACAUAUCAAUUCCUAGACUUCAAGGUAGUCCAUCAAGAGUCGAUAAACUCAUUAUCGAUCACUUCCGAGAACACGCUCGUGUUAUUACACUUAUAACAAAAAUGGAACGUCUUCGAGCUGCUGAAAUGAAUCAAAGAAUACACAAUGCUGUGGACCAUUGGCGAGAUGCUAUAAAAUUUGUUCAGGAGCGACGUAAACAAGAAAUUACCAAUACGAAUAAACGUCAAAAAGAAAACUUACAUGGUAUUUCAAUUCAUGAUGAUAAUGCUUUUCCAGACAUACAAGCACUGGCCGAGAGCAUUUAUAAAUUAACGGAAGCUUCACGCUUUGCAAGGACUGCAAUGUUCAAUGCUAUGCAGGCGACGCUUCUCUAUGAUAGUGAAGUUGAGAACAAAAUUGUAGAAACCAAUCAAGAUAUUAUAGUAAAUGUGCAAUCUAAAGAAAUCGAUGUUUUUAAGGAGAUAAUUGAUUCGGCUUCUAUAGGAGUUGUUGGAGCUGUAUUGGUAGUUAACGAGGAAACUACUGACCGUACUUAAAAAGAAUACCAACUUUAUUUAAUCAUACUUUCUAUUACUUUUUUAUUAAACAUGAUUGCUUAACUUUGAUCAACGCUCAAAUAAAUACAUAGAAUAAGUGAGAGACGUUAC